AUGGCUCCGAAAGCAAAGAAACCCGCAGCGAAGGCUCCAGCAGCAAAGGAGGAGAAGAAGGAAGCAGCACCUGCAAAGGCCGCAGCUCCUGCUAAAUCUGCUGCACCAAAGACAUCAAAGGCUGCAGCUAAGGCUGCUGCACCACCCAAAGUUGAUGCUGGUGUAGUCAAGGCUAAAGAUAAGGCACUGAGGGCCAAAAAGUCUGUUGUCCGCGGAACUCAUGAUAAAAAAAAUCGUAAAAUCAGGACGUCUGUCCAUUUCCGCCGACCCAAAACACUGAAGCUGCCCAGGGCUCCUAAAUAUCCACGUAAAAGUGUCAACAAGACCAACAAACUUGAUCAGUACUGUCUGAUCAAGCAUCCAUUGACCACUGAGUCGGCCAUGAAGAAGAUUGAAGAUAACAACACACUGGUCUUCAUUGUUGACAAGCGGGCCAACAAGCCAAUGAUUAAGUUGGCAGUCAAGAAGCUGUACGAUAUUGAAGUCGCAAAAGUCAACACACUCAUUCGCCCUGACUGCGAGAAGAAAGCCUAUGUAAGGAUAGCUCCUGAUUAUGAUGCAUUGGACAUUGCAAACAAGAUUGGCAUCAUCUAA